AUGAAUCCUACCCUCCGAUCCCCCAACUCGCCUGGGCGUCAGCGAGUGCCCGCCUAUCCCCCUCGUUACCCCCGACCUCCGUCUGAUGACGAAGAGGAAGACGACUCCGAUGAAGACGAAUUGGUUCGCCCCGGAUCUUCCGGUAGUGACGCCCCCUCCAAUGUGACCACCGUCUCCGCUGCUCCUAUUACUCCGAUCAAUACUCAACUACCUCCCGGGAGUUACUUCCCUCCACAACCACGCUCGGCCACUUCACCUCACCACCCUAUGCCGAACCCCACAGGCCGAAGGCCCUCUGGCCGGGGCUCCUCUGUCGAGCUGUCCCGGCAUCGAUCUCGCCAUCACUCGCAGGGUUUCUUUGAGCCUUCCCUGCCGACAGCCUCCUCCGACCAGGUUCCCACCGUAUCGGCCUCCCGCAUUGCCGCCCAGACAGCAAUGCAGCAGACAAAAAGGCAACAGAGCGCCAUUACCCCAAAUGAGGAUAGUUCACGGCCGCGACGCAGUGGAAGCGCCUCGCCUCCUCUUUUGCCUGCUCCAUUACGUGUCAAUCAACCUUCGCCCCAACCCCCUCAGCCUGCACCAGGGAAUGUGGCCACAACAGCUGCGAAUGUGGUCUUUCCACGAGCCGGUGCUCAGCCAGUAGAACAACAGCCCGAGAAACAGAAGAAGAAGAAACUCUUCUCGAAACCAAAACACAUCGGAAUCAGCAGGGACAAAGAUCUCGCCAAGGACCGUGGUCUUCCCUCCCCAAGCAAGAUCAGUGGGUUAUCGCGUAUGGUCAGCGGCUCAACUCCAACAUUAGACUUAUCUUCGAACAACUCGUCGAUGUACAAUUUGUCCAAUGCUUCUGUGAGCACAGUGGUCCCCGCAGAUCGACCAGGGGCCCCAGAGAAAGAAAAAGAUAAGGAUAAAGACAAAGACAAGCACAAGCACCAUUUUUUGUCAAGGCAGAAGCUAAAACUCAAAGACCGUGUCGAUGAUCAUUUCAAUCUACCUCUAUCAUCGGCUUCGAGUAAUUCUCGUCCAGCAGACCCCAAUGCCCCGAAAUCUCUCUACUCUUUUACGAGCCCUGCGUCUCCGGCUCCUGGUGCAACGUUCGGCAAGUCCGUCAGUGGAUUAGAUCUUCUACAUGGCGGUCGAGCACUACGUGAGAAAAAGAAGGAGGAGAAAGCGCUCGCCGAGUCGGAUCAGAUGGAAUGGCUAACCAAUAAUACUGGAGGACCAACGACAACCGGCGGCUUUCCAGGCCCGUCUUCGGUUGGUAGCUCGGGGACAUUCCCUGAAUCUAUUCUUCGGGAGACAUUGCAAGGGUUUGGGUUGAAUAAUAUGACCCCAGAGGAUGCGUGGGACUUCUUGAAGGCGAAGUUGCUGGUCAUCUUCGAUGGGGAAGACGUCCGCAUUGCCAUUGAGGAUCUCAACAAAUUGGUCCUCGUCCAUUUGCAGCGUUGCGUGCUGAAGAGGUCCCCUACUUCUGUUAUCACGGACUUACAAGAGCUCCUGCAGACUGGGUUUGCAACUCUGAAUCUUAGCUCCCUCUUGGGUGUCCCAGAUGAAAAGCUGGUCCCUCAUCUGGUUCAAAUAUGGCUGCUGGUAUUUGGAACCAUUUUGCCCUUCAUUCAAGCCGUCUUUCUUCCCUUAGACCUAGAGUUCAAGGGCUGUGGAUCCUUGAUGACUAGUCGAGAAGCGGGUGAAUUUUGGGCUGUACUACCUGUCGCUGGAACACUGGAUGUGCGAAAUUUAGUCUUGAUUGCCUUCCGUGACUGCAUCAUCCUGAACCGCUACGAUACUCUCAAAGCAACUUUCUCACGGUUGAGCUUGGACUCCAUCAAUACCGGAUUUCCAACACUCAGCGUUACGGCCAAGAGCACUGGCACUGGAGGUCGUCCUGGCACUGCAGCAUCGCUCGACGCCGGCUUUGGUAGCUUUAACUCGCAAUCCUCCACCUUUCUCAGCAAUGUCGCCGACAGCUACUCCUCUGACGGCAUAAGCGCCCUGGCUGGUCAUCCACGCCCAAGAAGCAGUGAUUCUCGCAGCCGCGCUGCCUCAAACACAUCUUCCAAUCCGGAUCCCCUGUUCUUCCAGUCUGUCGCAUCGCCUCCAGCCUCCAACCAAAGGCCCACUAUCAUCCACCGCGGAAACUCCAUGGAUUCCUCUCACGUCAUCACAGAAACCGUUGGCCGCAUGCUGCAAUGCGUCAGCGUCCUGGCAAGCGUGCAAACUGAUGACCCUGCCCAGGAACGGAUCGAGAUUCUCAGCAAAGCUCUCAAACACAAUUGGCUCGGCCGCGGUCGCACAGGCCGUGAUCGGCGCGGCUUCGUUGGCGCCAAGAUCCGACCUGUGAUGGUCGGCGGUCCUCCUGUUAUCGACGAUGCAGACUCUCUCACUACGGCCGGCAUCAGUAUCGGUGCUAGCACCAGUACUGGUGGUUCUCGGGGUCGUGGUGACUCGUCCUCGUCGGAUUGGAGUUCCAAUGUCCCAGGAACAGGGAUGAGUUUUCGUAGUAGUGGUAGACGAGAACUGACUGUUCUUUAG